AAAACACUGUAUUUUAAUACAAUAAUUAAAUUAGAAAUGAUUACGAGAUUUAUUAAAAUUAUUAUAAGUUUGAAAAUUUGAUUGACAUUUAUAGCCAACUUUGAUAACAACUGAUCGGAUCAAAGAAGAUGUCGACAUUGUGUGAGACAAGAGUAGAGAAGAGUCGGAUAGAUAUGAUAUUAGUUGUCAAAGCAGUGAACAAUGUAUUCAAUGGAUUACAUGUCGAGUAUUUGUCCAAAUCGUGGGCACAGUUUGAUGUGUCCAUUGAAAUCGGUUCCUAUGAAGACAAUCACUACCUAUCUGUUCAUUUCAAUCUCAUUCCCAUCAGAUAUGCUGUUAAAAAGCUGUUUAAAAAGUUCAUCACUUUAUCAGUUGCUAUGAUUGAUAAAUCGGGUAAUGUUGUCCACAAAAUGAAUUGGCCGGAGAUUAGUGUCGGCUUAAGUCGACAACGGUUUGGUUGGAAUCGUUAUCUGGAUAUCAAUCGACUAUUUGAUUCACAAAUAGCUUUAGUGGACAACAACUGUAUUAGACUUCAGGUCUCAAUGCAAGUGAACGAUGAGAAACAAAGCAAAGUCUUCAAGAAUGAGUCAAUCAAUCAAUUAAUCAAUUCUUUUAAGUCAUUGCUUAUAGACAACCAAUUGACUGACUUUACAAUCAUUGUUGAGGACAAAGAGUUUGCUGUCCAUAAAGCAAUACUAGCCGCUCGGUCACCGGUUUUGCGGGCGUUAAUUACAACCGAUAUGAAAGAGAAAAGUGAAUCCAAACUUGUUGUUCAUGACAUCGACAAAGAGGUGUUCCAACAGUUCCUGUUAUAUGUAUACACGGGUAGCGCACCAGUAGAUGAACACAUGUGUCUCAAACUAUCACAUUUAGCCGACUUCUAUGAUAUGCCUGACCUCAAGUGUGUCUGCGCUCAGACAGUGUUCCGAAAGUUGACUGAAGACAAUGUUUUCGAUGCCCUCAGGUUUGGACAGACAUAUCAAAUGAAGGAACUGGAGAUCAAUGCCAUUGAUUUCAUUGCACAAAAUAGCGACAAAAUCAAAGCAAAGAUUAUGGAAGAUAUCGAGCAAUGAAUAGUCUAAACGAUUGAUUAAAGUCAAACAAAUUAUAUAUUAUUUCAAUUAAGAA